AAAGCGCAAAUACAAAUUAAGCAAAAAAAAAAAAGUACAUGCGAACUGACGGGGGUUGCUUGGAAGCGUCAAUGAACGAAGGGGGGGUCCUUGACUUCGACGUGCUGUCCGCGAGCAAAAACAGGAACAUAAUGUAACUCCCGCACACCGGUGAACCCCUCAGCCGACGUUUGCAAAAGAACCGCGGAGGCGGCGCAUUUCGCGGAGGAGGAGAAACGAUGACGGGAUAUCCGUGCAGUGACCGCGAACCAGGCUUGCCAGCGCCGCUGGCUCGACCCCCUCCUCCCCCUCCCGGUAUUACCCGCUCCUUGGAGGAUAAUGCGUCACACGAGUGAAACAACCGUCUUGAUUUAUUAAGAAACUUCGCAGCGGUGACGCUUGGCGCAACGCCGCCGCCUCUCUCCGCACGUCGAGUUUGUGUGGGCAAGGGAGAGCGCUCCUCUCAGUGUGGUUCGCUCUGUCGUCUGCUCGCGCGGCCAGACGGAUAGCGUACCUUCGUCCGCGCUGGAUCGCCACGACUCUAUCCGCAGGUUUGGACAAAAGCCAAGGAAAAGGAAACGGUGCUUCGCAAGGAGGUGCGAGCCGUGCCAAAGAAGAAGAAAGUGCAGGAGAAGAAGCGUGACUUGAAGGCCCCGUACUUACAUCCGUGGCUAAUGACGACCCUAAAGGGACACAGCGGCUCCAUACUGGACCUGGACUUCAACGGCAACGGCAAAUACCUGGCCACCUCUGCUGAUGGUCGCUCGGCCCAGCGUGCCAUCCAGGGCCCGAACAUCAACAACCAGCACAGCUGUCACAAGACCUCCUCCGCGGGACGCACUACCCCGUCCCGGAGUCCCCCGAGCCCGUUGGAGGGCGCCUGGCGCCUUCCCGUGUGCGCCGACGACUUGUACCACCAGCUGCUGCGCUACAGGCUGACGCCGCAGGAACUGUACCGCUGCGGCUACCCGCGGCCCUGCCCCGACGAGCCCGGUCGCGCCGUGUGGCUGCAAGCGGACGCCGCGACGGCCGACUCUAGCCGCAAGACGUGCUGCCGCUGCGGCUCCUCGUUCGUGAUCACUCCGGGCGGCGAGUACUACGCCAACGACGUGUGCACCUUCCACACGGGCCGCCGGGGCCUCGCCGAGUUCUCGUGCUGCGGCGCGACGGGCGACGAACCGGGCUGCGAGCGGUCCGACUACCACGUGUGCGCCCAGGGAGCGCGCGGCGAGUGCGACGCGCCCGCGAGGGGCUUCGUGCGCACUCGGCCGCGGCACGGCGUGGCCGGCGGCGUGUACGCGCUCGACUGCGAGAUGUGCUUCACCAUCCGCGGACUCGAGGUGGCCAAGGUGAGCGUGGUCGGCUCGAACGGCGCCACCGUGUACGACUCGUACGUGCGGCCGGGCAGUCCCGUGCUCGACUACAACACGGCCUUCAGCGGCGUGACGGCCGACCACCUGCGCAACGUGCGCACCACGCUGCAGGACGUGCAGGCCGUGCUGCUGCGCCUCUUCACCGCCUCGACGGUGCUCGUGGGCCACGGCCUGGAGAACGACCUGCGCGGACUCAAGAUCCUGCACGACACCGUGGUCGACACGGCCGUCGUGUUCCCGCACCACCGGGGGCUGCCGUUCCGUCGGUCGCUGCGCUCGCUCGUCGGCGCGUACCUGAACCGCGACGUCCAGGACGGGACCCGGGGCCACGACAGCGUGGAGGACGCGCGCGCCUGCAUGGAGCUCAUGCUGUGGAAGGCCAGCCGGGACCAGAAGCUGCGGGAGCGACGGAACCGCGGAGGCGGAGGGCGCCUCCUGCAGCCGUCCUUCUAGCCGUUUCUUGUGGUGCUUCGCGCGCGCGUGUGUGAGUUGGAAGAAAGUGUGUGGACUGUUUCGUGUGGACGACACUCAGUGCGCGGGGCUCCAUCUAUUUCACUCUCUCUCAACAAGACCUGCUAUCUCUCUCCCUCUUUAUGAAGAAAGACAAGGAUUUGUGUCCGCGACGCCAAUGCACACUGCCAUGAUGUGACGCCUGCUCCCCAUAAGCGGAUCUAUCCUAUCGGCGGCUUGUUCUACCUGCACGCGCCCGGCUGGUCUGUGUGUGUGUUUUUAAGAAAAAAAAAAUUAAGGACGUGCCGCCGUGUUUGGACUGGACCAUUGAGACGGAGCGGUGCUACCGAACCACGGUUGUGAAAAAAAAAAGUGUCACUCUUCGGACUUUUUUUAUUGUUAUAUUUUUUCUAUGAAGAACCAAAUGGGGGACUGUCGUGUCUCAGUGUUGGUGGACGCUUGUUUGGAAAGACGCUGUUAUACUUCUUGUUUUCCGCCUCGUUUUAUUUUUUUUAUUUUUCUUAUUCGUACAAAGUAAAAACAAAAGUCUUUAUAUGACUCAGGAAGAAAAGAGAGCGUCUUUCCAAUUAUAUAUAAAAAAUCAUAUUAGGGAGGAGAAGACGGAAGCCGAGACUAGCCGACAAGACCGCGCAUCGACCAUCUUGUACAGUCUUUUAUUUAUUGUCACGUGCCCAUCGUCAUGCUGUCAUUUUACACGUGCGGCUGGGUCUCGUGCAGCUUGCGGAUCUUAAUUUAUUGAUAUGUCCGUUCUUUUGUAAUGUUUUUUUUUUACUGCCAUUAAAAGGAAAAUAUUUUUUUUCCUCGGCGAGAAACGUA